AUGCUCAAGGCCGCCGAAACCCAUGCCCAACCAGAUGCCACGACCCUCGAGCGAACCGCAUGCGUCUACACGUCCUGCUACUGUGAAGAGAACGCGCUGCUGCUCAGCAGGCGCCUGGUGGACAGCGGCGUCGUGCCUGCGCCAGAGUGCCUGUACGUCCUAUUUGUGACCAACCGCCUGCGGCAGACGCCGCUAUGGUGCCAGCGCGCUGCCAGCGACGAGGACGGCCUUGUGGUCUGGGACUACCACGUAUUCGUGAUCGAGGCCGCCCACGGCCGGCUGCGGCGCGCGCGCGUGUGGGACCUCGACACCCGCCUGCCGUUCCCCUGCAGCCUCGACGAUUACACGCACGCGGCGCUGCGGCCCGUGCGGGCGCCGGUCUACCGAGUCGUGCCCGCGGCGGACCUGUGGCGCCACUUUGCCAGCGACCGCUCCCACAUGCGGCUGCCCGAGGGCGGCUGGUCGGCGGCGCCACCGCCGUACCCCUGCCUGGGCCCGCAGGACGGCGUCCGCGCUGUCACCCUGCAGCAGUACCUCGACGUGCGCGAGGCGUACGAAGGGCACUCGCAGGAGCCCGGUGCGCCCCCCGAGGCCACGUGGGAAGCCAGCCUGCCGCCAGUCAGGCACCAGGCGAAGCAGCAGCGGCCGCAGGCGCCGCCGAGCCACGCCGAGGCGCCUCGCGCGCUGCGCGCGGGCGGCGACGACCGCCGACGCGCAGCGGACCAGCUGCUCGGCGGCGAGGGCGGCGGCCCCGGGCUCCUGGGACCCGGCGGCCUGCGCCUGCCCGGCGGCAGCGCCGCCGCCGAGGGCCGGCCUUGGGUCCGGGAGGUCGGUCCCGCGUCGGCAGGGCAGCCGCAGGGGCUCGACCCAGCUGAUGAGCCCGAGGGCCCGCACCUGGCGCAUGCAUCAGCGCGCACGCGGGACCUGCUGCGGCGUUCUAAGGGCUUGCCCAAGGAGGAGCUUCUGGACCUGGCGGAGGACGCCCGCCUGCGGGGCAAUGAGGCGUUCAAGGCUGGGGACGUGCGCGACGCCGUUGACGCCUACACGCUGGCGCUCAACCUGGCGCCCUCAGACGCGCGCCUCUUCGCCAACCGCGCGGCCGCGUUCAUGCGCCUCAAGCGCUGGCCCGACAUGCUCGCGGACGCAGACGGCGCGCUGGCGCUCGAGCCUGCAAACGUAAAGGCGCUGCUGCGGCGCGCAGAGGCGCUGCGCAACAUGGGGCUGCGACACCAGGCGCUGGAGGCUGCGCGCACAGCGUCACCGCAGCAGCAGCAGGCCAGGGCGGAGGCGGGCGCCGCGGCCGCAGAGGCCGCGGCGCGCGCCGCGGCGGCGCGCACCGAGCAGCUCAAGGCGCUGGCGGAGGACGCGGCCGUGGCAGCGGCGGCCGCGCAGGCGGACGCGGACGCAGGUCUUGCACAGGUGUUUGGCGGCCUUCUGCUGAGCUGCGAGGGCGGCGCGCUGUUUGACGCGGCGGGGGCCGCCGGGGCGAGCUUCAAGGACAUUGUGAAGGAGCUGAGGGCGCGCGGCUUGGACGAGCUGGCACAAGCCGCGCGGUCGCCCAUCUGA